AAAUAGCUCAUGACUAGCCAUUUCAAAUGUUUAACCAUGGAGAAAAGUGUUGUGCCGUGUGUCUCUGCACGAGAGUAGUGGACUUUCUGAUUCAGAACUGAUCCAGCGGUUCUCCCCUGAAGACCCCGCCCUGGGUGGGAGGCCCACUGAUGACCCUGCCCUGGACGGGGUGAGGCCCACUGAUGACCCCACUCUGGGACUAGGCCCACUAAGAGAGAUGCUGGAGUUUGGUUGCUGUAUUUUUUAUUUAUCUUCCUCAACUACACUUUAUCUUCUGGUUUCUGCAGAGUUGGUUUGGAUGCCGUGAUUUGCGGCAGUUUAAUAGCGCUGUGGUUCACAUUUUUAAAUGCGUCACAUUGAUAAUAAAGAUAAACGCAAACACACAUUAUAAUCAGGCUUGAAUAACAUUAUUAUUGUAUCAAUAAAGAGAUACUGUAUGAAAUAAUAACAUUCACAAAUCCUGUUUCCUCAACCUGACCACAGACACCACGUUGUGUCUAUUGCAAUAGAAGGUAAACCUUGGUACCACUGCGUCCUAAUCCCAUAAGCCUUGCUGACAGAAAACAGUGGUGCCGGAUCGACACAGGAGAAGACCGAGGGAGGCCUUUGAAGUUGUUUCUCUUGUAUUGUUAAAUUCUUCGUCAAAAUGUCACUCUUUAUUAACCAAGACCAAAACUUUGCACAUCAAGUUCAUCUUUUAGAGCACAAACUAAGGAGUAAAGAGGAGCGUAUUCUGGAGCUGGAGACAGAAAAGGCAAUUCUUCAUUUGAGGCUUGCUGAGUGUCUGGGCAGACUGCGGCGGGGCCAUGAGGGGGAGGCCAAGGCCAAAACACUACUUCAUCACCAGAGGGAAGCCCAGAGCAUCACCCAGUUGACUCUGGGGAAGCUCCUUGCUGAAGUCCAGAAUUUGAAGCAGGUCUUGAGUGAGAUCUUUGCAGUGUAUGCAAACGGCGUGGCCGAGCUGGAGGGCCAGAGCAAGCAGAUCCUGGAGAAGCUGGACGGGGCCAGGGCAACACUGAACAGUUGCCAUGGAGAUGACCUGCAGAGUUUGCAAUCCCACAUGGCGGCUCUGGAGCGCGACCUGGUGGAGGAGAAGGAGAGGUGCAGGGCCGAGAAGCAGAGGAGGAGAGAGAUCCACAACACCCUGGUGGAGCUGAGGGGGAACAUCAGGGUUCACUGUAGGGUGCGCCCUGUGCUUCCAUUGGACCAGGUCCAGUCCUGCUCAUCCCAAUCAAGGGUGAUCUCGUCAGAGGAGGUCAUUCAUGUCAGCGAGGACACCGUGUUGGUGAACUGCAUUCAAAAUGGAAAUCCAGCCAUCAACAAGGUGUUUGAAUUUGAGAGAGUGCAUGGACCGGAGGACUCCCAGAACGUAGUGUUUGAAGAGGUGAAGCCUCUCCUCACAUCCCUGCUGGAUGGGUAUAAUGUGUGUAUAAUGGCGUACGGGCAAACGGGUAGUGGAAAAACCCACACCAUGAUGGGCUCCCAGGGGCCCCCCGGGUCCCCUCAGCCAGGCACCCCCCAGGGUGUCUCCUCCCCCGGGGACCAGCAGGGCAUCAUCCCCCAAGCUGCUGUGGAGCUCUUCAGGCUGAUCUCAGGGAAGCCGUCCGAGAGCCAUGUGGUGGAGGUGUCCGUGGUGGAGGUCUACAACAACGAGGUGUUUGACCUCCUGUCCCUCGACGGGGAGGGCGGAGCUCCGGGCCAGCGCCGGGACGUCAUCACCACCGCGUCGGGCCCCAGCGAGGUCCCCUUCCUCACUUAUGAGUGUGUGAAGAGCGCCCCCGAGGUCAUGCAGCUGGUCUGGGCAGUGGUAAAGCUGAGGGCCCGCUGCCCCACCCUGGUGCACGCCCACUCCUCCCGCUCCCACCUGGUGGUCACGCUCACCGUCUCCUCCAACAGCCCCCACGCCCUGGCCUUGGCCCGCCGUCUGAAGAGCGCCAAGCAAGAGCUGCAGCGCUGCCCGAGGACCGACUUCUGGAGCCCGCGCUGUCGCCGGGCCAAUGGCGCCCCCCGCCACGCCUCUGCCGACCACUCUGCUGCCACCGCCUCCCCUUCAUCCUCCUUCUCCUUCCCCGGCCACUCCCAAUGCCCCUCCCCCCGGCCGAGCAGAGCCCAGGGCCUCUUUCGGACCCGCCUCCAGCUGGUGGACCUGGCCGGCAGCGAGUGUGUCGGCAUGUCGGGGGUGACGGGCGCGGCGCUGUGGGAGACCUCCUGUAUAAACCGCAGCCUGUGCGCUCUGUCGGACGUCCUGGGUGCGCUGGCGGAGCAGAGACCUCACGUCCCGUACCGCAACAGCAAGCUCACACACCUGCUGCAGGACGCUAUCGGUGGAGAUGCUAAGCUGCUUGUGAUGCUUUGCAUCUCUCCCGCCCAGCGGUUCAUCUCGGAGUCGCUCCAGUCCCUGGGUUUUGGCUCAAGGGCUCGGCAGUUUCACAAGCAAGUGUCGCACAGGAAGAAUAACAACCUCAAGCAAAAGUGAGAGACUGAGAAUGUUAUAACGGUGAGAUAUUGGUAGAAAUAAAAAAAUAUUAUUAUUAAAAUUCAUGCCAGCACAGAACAUUAUCAUGUGUUUUUUGUAUUCAUAGUAUUCAUAUUCAUAGUAAGAAAGGAUCGACCCAAACAGUUUUCUAGUGUUCAAAUGCAGAGACAAGCUUAUUGUCAUAGAAUAGAGUAUCAAAUGUUCAAAAUGAGUGUUUAAUAUGAAUUAUUUUGUGACUUUAUAGUAUUUUAUCCAAUUCUCUUAUUUGUUCUGCAAAAAAGAUGCAUUUGAUCAAUAGUAAAGACCAUAAGUGAAAGAUGCUGCACUAACUAGAUAUUUUUAUUUCUUUAAUUAUAUGGACUUAUGACUUCUUUAUCACAUUUAUUUUCAAGGUAUUAUCAACACAUAAGAGGAGGGAUUCCUUACCCUUUAUUGUCAUGAAAGUCAUUGAAAGGUAUUUUGUUCAAAUUAAUUUGUAGUGCGACUUAGCAAUAUGUGGCAUUAGUUUAGUGAAGAGGCUUACUAUGACAACCUUUAUUAUGUAGGUAAACACGCUGUGAAGCACCACCUCUCACUGUACACUGUUGUGUCCCUGAAACGUCAAAGGAACCAUGAAUGGAGAUAACUUUUGCAUCUUAAGUUGCUUUGUGUCAAAUUCUUCAAAAUGCUUCAAAAGCACGCUAUAUGCAACCAUUCGUAUAGACCAGGGAUGGGCAACUUAUAUGAUAGAGGGCCACAAUUUUUCGGCAUGGACUGGGAGUCCUCCCGAAGAACAUUUUGAUUUUGGUAGAUGUGAUUUCCUGUAUUCUGGUGCAUAGGGGAAGGCCGCUACCUAAAAAUUCAUUCAGAUUCAUAGCCUAUUUAUUUAUUAAGCCUAUAUAUUGAACCAACAUACAUUAAUUCCAUCUUUUCCAUGCUCAAAUGCAUUUUUAACAUAUCUAUAUGACUAAUACAAGUUUUUUUUAAUAGAAACAACAGUAUUGUUUUCAGUGCAAAGGGCUUACGUACAUCAUCAUUCAAUGAUGGCACAAAACUGAAAAACCAUGGCCCAACAUUAAGUGCAACAAGUAGCAUUAUUUUCAGUGCAGUUGUAGUAGUUGUAGUGGCGACUCAAGCUGAAAUCUUUCAUGAUUGACAUAGUUUCUAAGCAAACUAGACACUAUGUCAAUCAUGAAAGGUUUGCCUUUGAAUUCUAUGAACAGAUACUCUGAUUCUCAUCUUGACUGAAAGGUACGGUUAUCGUGAUCAAGUUUUCAGUUCUUUUGUAAAUUACAAUCUAAAUUAUCCGCGUUAUGUAUAAACCUGCAUGUCAAAUAAAUCUUUGAUAUAUUCAAAGAGCAGUGUUGGAGACGAGUGGUCACAAAAUCUGAGUUGUGUCGCAGUACUGAGUGAUCUAUAAACAUGUCCAAGUCACCAGAAUCCAGGGACUGUG